CUUCCAAGAUUCUCCACCCGCUCCUUAUCCUUUACCAUAUACAACUAGUGCGCUUCAGUGCAUUAUGUAAAUAAAUACAACCCAACCUGAACCAAAACGAAAUCAAACACUUCAAGAAGUUUAAAAUUUUAUGUUGCAGAAACCAAAAAUGGAGAAUAAACCCUACAAAGCUCACUGUAUAGUCUUACCCCAUCCAGCCCAAGGUCACAUAAACCCUAUGUUUCAAUUCUCUAAACGAAUACAAAACAAAGGAGUUAGAGUAACUCUUGUUACUACUAAAUUCGUUUCCAAAACUAUCAAGCACAAACCAUCAUCAACAUCAUCCAUUGUUCUGGAAACCAUAUCGGAUGGCUACGAUGAAGGAGGUAUAGAUCAAGCUGAAAGUGUAGAAGUCUACUUAGAAUCUUUCAAGAAAGUGGGAACUAAAACACUCUGUGAUCUUCUUGAUAAGUUAAACGACAAUGGCUUUCCAGUAAGUUGCAUUGUUUAUGAUGCUUUCAUGCCUUGGUGCCUUGAAGUUGCAAAGAAAAAUGGGUUAGUUGGUGCUGUUUUUUUCACUCAAUCUUGUGCUGUUGAUAUUAUAUACUAUAAUGUCUAUAAAGGGUUAAUUAAACCUCCUCUUGAUCGAGAGACUCAAGUUCUGGCACCUGGUUUAACUCCACUUGAAGUUGAGGAUCUUCCUUCUUUUGUUCAUCAUUUUGGAUCUGACCCUGCUGUCUUUGACAUGCUUGUGGAUCAAUUCUCCAAUAUUGAUGAAGUUGAUUGGGUUCUCUGCAACACAUUCUAUGAGUUGGAACAAGAGGCUGCAGAUUGGCUGGCAAAGCUAUGGCCAUUGAGGACAAUAGGACCAACAAUACCAUCAAUGUACUUAGACAAGCAACUCCAAGAUGAUAAAGACUAUGGUUUCUACAUCUACAAGCCAAAUAAUGAAGCUUGCAAGAAUUGGCUAAAUGGGAAGCCUAAAGGAUCAGUAGUAUAUGUAUCUUUUGGAAGCCUGGCCACUCUAGCCACUGAGCAAAUAGAAGAGCUGUCUUGGGCUUUAAAGAGCAUAACAAUUAGUAAUAAUUAUUAUUUCUUGUGGGUAGUAAGAGAAUCUGAACAAACUAAACUCCCAAGAAACUUCAUACAAGAAAUUUCAGAAAAGGGUAAUUUAGUGGUAAAAUGGAGUGCACAGCUAGAUGUGUUGGCAUGUGAAGCAAUAGGUUGCUUUGUUACACAUUGUGGUUGGAAUUCUACUUUGGAAGCUUUGAGUUUGGGAGUUCCAAUGGUGGCUAUGCCUCAAUGGACUGACCGAAGUACUAAUGCUAAGUAUAUUAUGGAUGUUUGGAAAAUGGGAAUUAGAGCUCAUGUUGAUGAGAAAGGGAUUGUUAGAGAAGAUGCUAUAAGGGAUUGCAUACAGAAAGUGAUGGAUGGGGAAAGAAGAGAAUGUAUAAAAGAAAAUGUGGAGAAAUGGAAGAAAUUAGCCAAAGCAGCUGCAAAUGGAGGUGGAAGUUCUGAUAGGAAUAUAACUGAGUUUGUGGAUAACUUGAUUCAGUCCUAAUUAAUUACGCAGUAUUUAAUAUUGCUCUUUUUUCCGGUAAUUAUAAAUUUUGCAUCUGAACUUUUAAUAUUUUAUUUUUAUUUUAGUGGCCGGAAAACAUUUGCAAUUAAGUAUCUGAAUUGAAUAAUUUUAGCAGAA